GAUUCUUGUUCUUGUUCAUCCCAAUCAUACAAAAUGGCUGCUGCUCGUCUCUUCUCCUCCGCCAGGCUCGCCCGCCCCUCUGCCGUCUCCAGGACUGUCACCCACGCCCGAGGCUAUGCCUCCGGUGCCCCCGCUGGCGGUGCUAACUGGGGUCUUAUUGCUGGUGCUGCCGGUGCUGCUGGUAUCGGCGCCUAUGCCUACCUCCAGUCCAACCCUGGUAUGUCUGAAGAUCACAUUAUAGCCCCAGCUGACAUUGGUGCAGACGCUAAGAACAAGCUUGAGAGCAAGGUCAGCGAGGGUGUCAAGUCCGCCGAGGCCCAGAAGGACGCCGCCGAGCGAGCUGCUCCUUCCAUCGCUGCCCUCGUCAAGGACUCUUUCGUUCCUUUCACCCUCACCAAGGUUGAAAAGUACAACCACAACACCAACAUCUACCACUUUAGCUUUGGUGAGGAGGGCAAGGACAAGACUUCCGGUGGUGAGGUUGCCAGCGUUGUGCUCAUGAGGUCUCCCGAGGGCGACUUUGAGCUCAAGGACGACAAGGGCAAGCCCAUCAUCAGGCCUUACACCCCCGUCUCUCCUCCCGACCAGAAGGGCUCCAUCGAGGUUAUGAUCAAGGAGUACCAGGACGGCAAGUUCUCCCACUGGCUCGCCGGUCAACAGCCCGGUGCCCAGGUCCUCUUCAAGGGUCCCCUCCAAAAGUUCAAGUACCAGCCCAAUGGUUUCGACAAGGGUCUCUGUAUCGCCGGUGGUUCCGGUAUCACUCCCAUGUGGCAGUUGAUCACCCACUCCUUGUCUCUCCCCGAGGACAAGACCAAGUGGACUUUGAUCUACUCCAACGUCUCUGAGGCUGACAUCUUGUUGAGGAAGGAAUGGGACGCCCUCGCCAAGGCCCACCCCGACCGACUCGAAAUCAAGUACGUCGUCGACAAGGCUCCUUGGGGCUGGAAGGGCGAGACCGGCUUCAUCACCCCCGACCUCAUCAAGAAGGUCUUCCCCAGGACCGAGGGUGACAAGGUCCGUGCUUUCGUCUGUGGUCCUCCCGGCCAGAUGAAGGCCAUCUCUGGACCCAAGGACGGUAUGAAGCAGGGUGAAUUGUCUGGUGCGCUCAAGGAGUUGGGUUACACUUCCGACAACGUCUUCAAGUACUAA